AUGGAACAGGUCCCAUUUGCCGCCGAACAGGACGCCGUGUUUGUGGGCGCAAACAAGCAGAGUUUUGUCGUGGAUUACGACUAUUCCCACGACUUGGUGGCGUACGGUGCCGGAAAAACCAUCGCAUUAUGGAAACCAACCCAAAACCACCAUAAAGGUGUAUUCUGCACCCUUAAGAACCAUACAGCCGAAGUCACGUGUGUACGGUUUGUCCCCAAUUCUCCCUUUUUGGUGUCAUGCGCAGAGGACUGCAAAGUCAGUAUUUGGCAGAGGAGAGACAAUAGCAACCAUUACGAAUUGCUGCAAACUAUGACAGAACAUACGGGAUCAGUAACAUGUAUUACGGUAUUAAACGAAAAAAUAUUCGCUACAGGUGGUUCAGACGGGCACGUGAUUCUCUGGGGACUCGACUCGUCUGGAAGUUGGGAUCAAAUCACUCACUUUGAAGUCAAACUGGGGUUCUACCCGCUCACUUUAUCUUUAUUGGAAGUCAAACAAAACCAGUAUAUUUUGGCCAUCGGAGGCACAACCGCCCACUUGUACGUAUACACCUUCACCUUUCACAACAAAGUGAUAGAUAACUUGGUGCAGUCGGCCAUUUUGACCGGACACGAGGACUGGAUCAAGUGUUUGGCUUUCACCCAAGAGAGUGAGGAUGAGUUUUUGUUGGCCAGUGGGUCACAAGAUCGGUAUAUUCGGUUGUGGCGGUUGAGAGUCAACGAGAAGAUAGACAAUUCCGACGAGGACUCGACGAAAUUGAUCUUGUUGAGCAACAAGCAGUACAAAUUCGCAGUCGAACACACCAAAUGUGCCAUAAGCUUUGAAGCAUUGAUCAUGGGCCAUGAUGACUGGGUCACCGGGUUGUCCUGGCACCCCCUGUACGACCUCUCGGCCCCCAAAUACCAAGAGUCCAACAAAAAACUCCAGUUGUUGUCUUCUAGUGCUGAUACCGCGUUGAUGGUGUGGGAAAUGGACCACGACUCGGGAAUUUGGAUCUGUAUAAGUAGGCUUGGGGAACUAUCCAUCAAGGGAGCUUCCACGGCUACAGGAGCCUCUGGUGGCUUCUGGUCUUGUACGUGGUUUGUUAACAACGGUGCCCAGUACAUCUUGACCAACGGGAAAACUGGUUCUCUCAGAGCCUACAAGAAUGAGGACGGAGACAAUAACAAUUGGGAGUCUGAGUUGAGUAUAACCGGUCCUACCAAAGAGGUCACCGACCUCGUGUGGUCGUUGAAUGGCCAGUAUUUCAUGGCCACCUCGUUGGACCAGACCACCCGGUUAUUGGCUCCAUGGAAACUUGAGGACGGUUCUACAUGGCUCGAAUUCGCCCGGCCUCAGAUUCAUGGCUAUGACAUGGUAUGUAUCGAUAACAUCUCGCCCACCAAGUUUGUUUCUGCCGGUGACGAGAAGAUCUUGAGGGUGUUUGAGAUGACCCACUCGAUCAACCGGUUGCUUAAGCAAUUUUGUGGGAUUGACAUUGGAACCCACGAAGAAUUGCCCGACACUGCUGCUUUACCAGUUCUUGGACUUUCGAACAAAGCUGCCAACGAGCAGUUGGAAGUUGGUGAAGCAUCCGAACAACAGGACUCUGAAGAAGCUGGUGACGUUAAAAAGGACGACAUUUUGGACGAUUUGACUGGACCUCCAUUGGAAGAUUAUUUACAACGGUUUACCUUAUUCCCGGAAGUAGAAAAGUUGUACGGACAUGGGUAUGAGGUGUCCUGCUGUGUCACGUCUCCUAAUGGGAAGUUAAUUGCAUCUUCGUGCAAAAGUAACUCGCUUAAGCAUGGGAUGUUGAGAAUGUUCAACAUCAACAACGACUUCCAGCAAUGUGAGCAAACGUUACCGGGCCACUCUUUAACUAUCACCAACAUCCAGUUCUCCCCCGAUGGCUCUUAUCUCUUGUCAGUAUCUCGUGAUCGGCAAUUCAUAUUAUGGAGAGUGGUGGAUGAGAAUACCGGCCAGUUUGAGAUGGUUGAAACUAACCCUAAAGCCCACACCAGAAUCAUCUGGGACAGCAGCUGGCUUCCCAAGCAGUUGGGCAGCUAUUUCAUAACUGUCGGCCGUGAUAAGCUGCUCAAAUUCUGGUAUGUGGACGAAAGUUCCGAAAAAAAAGUGAGUUUGGUCGACUCGUUGAAGGCCUCAGGUGUCAUUACUUCUGUAUCAGUGCACCCAGAAGCCAUAGACAACAAGGCGGUGGUUGCAAUCGGGUUAGAGUCAGGUGAAAUCCACUUAUACUAUAUUGAAUUUGGCAAGUCGGAGAAGAAGCUCCAAACUUGGGCCCAAAUUCCACAGAAAAUAGCUCCCGCCGAUAAAGUAUCGAAAUUGAGCUUCAGCAAAGUUCUUCAUGAUGGCAAGCUUCUUUUGGCAUCUGGAAGUGCCGAUACUUCCAUCCGUUUAUACUCGAUUAGUAUUCCCAUAUAG